AUGCCAGGAUUUGACAUUAACAAGCUGCCUGAGACUGAGGAAGAACUAGACUUUACCGAUAUCGAAGAGAAAUAUCAAGUUCCAUUUGAAGAAGGCUUUGACACAAUCAUAGUCGUUGAUAAUGUACCUAUAGUGGACGAAAGUAAAAAAGAUAAACUUUUCAAAUUUAUCACAAAAAUUUUCAAGCAAGCUGGCGACAUUAAAGAAGGUGGAAUUAAUAUGCCAAUGGAAGUGGAUCCUGAAACGGAAAAGUUAACUUCCAAAGGAUAUCUUUUUAUUGAGUUCGAAACGCCAGAACAAGCCAAUUUAGCCGUAAAGCAGCUUGAUAAUUAUCCCAUGGAUAAAAAUCAUGUUCUUGCUGUAAAUAGAUUUACCGAUAUUGAAAAAUAUUCGCAGAUUCAAGACACAUAUGUUGAACCUGAGGAAGAAAAAUUCGUAGAAAAAGAACAUUUAAGAAGCUGGCUUACUGACCCCCAAGCUCGUGAUCAAUUUGUUCUUUAUCGUGGCGAUGAUGUUUAUAUUUAUUGGAAUAGAAAAACUGAACCUCCAGAAGAAGUUCACAAAAGAAAUAAUUGGACAGAGACGUAUGUUCAAUGGUCUCCUUUAGGCACGUAUCUUGCAACAUUUCAUCGACAGGGUAUUGUAUUAUGGGGUGGUGCAAGUUGGAAUAAAAUUAUACGUUUUGUUCACCCUGGCGUUAAAUUAAUCGACUUUUCGCCAAAUGAGCGUUAUUUGGUAACAUGGAGUAACGAGCCAAUCACCCUUAAUCAGAAUGGAGGCACUGGAUCACCAUUUGGGCCUGAGGAUGAAGGCAAUCAAACGAUAAUUUGGGAUGUGCAUUCAGGGACACUUCUUCGAUCAUUUCCUUCUCCUACCUCACCAGAUGGUGUUCCCAACAAGAUCACAUGGCCAAUGUUUAAAUGGUCACCAACCGACAAAUAUUUCGCUCGUGUUUCUCCCGGUCAACAAAUUUCUGUCUAUGAAACGCCGGGAAUGGGCCUUGUUGGGAAAAAGAGUAUAAAAAUUGAAGGAGUAGUUGAUUUCGAAUGGGCUCCUGCUUCGGAUAAAGAUCGUGAUAAACAGAAUGAUAAAAAAGUACGCGAAGACCUCAUGAGUUUCUGGACUCCGGAAAUCGGUAAUCAACCAGCUCGUGUCACGUUAAUGCAAAUUCCAUCAAAGGAAAUUUUAAGGACUAAAAAUUUGUUUAGUGUCUCGGAUUGCAAGAUGCAUUGGCAAUCAAAUGGAGACUUUCUAUGUGUCAAAGUCGAUCGACAUACAAAAACAAAAAAAUCAACUUUUGCCAAUCUUGAAAUAUUUCGAGUCAGAGAAAAAGAUAUUCCUGUAGAAGUCAUUGAAAUUAAAGACACAGUUAUUGCAUUUGCAUGGGAACCUAAAGGGGAGCGAUUUGCUAUUGUGACUACUAACGAUCCUAAUUUCGGACAACCUGCUGGCAAUGCUACUUUAAGAACAAGCAUAUCUUUCUAUUAUUUGGAGAAGGCAAAAGCUGGAAAAGGAGCAGAGAAUGCUAGUUUCAAGCUUAUAAAAACACUCGAGAAAAAAACAGCAAAUUCAAUUUUCUGGUCUCCUCGGGGACGUCAUGUGAUACUUGCAACAUUACGCUCUACAUCUACUUACGACUUAGAAUUUUAUGACCUGGAUUUUGAGGGUGGAAUUGAACAAAAAGAAAAAGCUAAACUAGAUCCCGGAGCAUCACUUCAGCUUAUGAGUACACAAGAACACUUUGGAGUGACUGAUAUCGAAUGGGAUCCUACUGGUAGAUAUGUUAUUACAAGUGCUAGCAUGUGGCGACAUUCAAUGGAAAAUGGAUAUACUUUAUGGGAUUUCAAAGGUAGUCAACUUCAAAAGCAUCUCUUGGAUAAAUUCAAACAAUUGGUUUGGCGUCCUCGACCAAAAACACUAUUAUCGCAAGAGGCCAUGAAGAAAAUAAGAAAGAAUCUGAGCAAAUAUUCCAAAGUAUUUGAUGAGGAGGAUGCACGUGAAAAAUCUUCAGUAUCUAAAGAAUUACUUGCACACCGUCGUCGCCUUGUGGAUGAAUGGAAUGCAUGGCGCAAGCGUGUAGAAAAAGAAUUGAUCGAGGAAAGACAGGCAGCAGGAUUGCCACCUGUUUCGAUACGUGAUACUGAAAAUGUGGAGGUUAUCGAAGAAUGGAUUGAAGAAGUUGUAGAAGAAACUGAAGAAAUUGUUUCUGAUGAUGAGGAUGAAAAUUAA